AGUAGGUAUGUAGUAUGUAGUAUGUAGGUAGCAGUAUAAGGGUUGUAAUAGAAAAUGUACGCAUGGAUCCCAAAUAACCCCACCUAACUACGGAUUAAGCCGAGUACAAUACAAAAUACCGUUCUAGCAAGUCUUUACUCAAUUUAUAUGAGUAUUAGAUAACGUCGUAUCCUAUAAUGCCAAAUAGGUUAUCGUAACUUCGAUAAUUCGGUACAGGGCCAUAAAACUCAUCCUCGGCCUUUGGAUCCAUCAGCAAAAUAGAGGACUCAUUUUGACACCCUUGUCGGGUGACUGAUAGGAUUAAAUGUCCUUCGGUCGUCAGCCACAUCCUUUGACAGAUUUCCUCGAAAGAUUACAUCGGUAGUCCCCCGAGACGACUUCGAUUUCACUUCAAUACCUCACUGACAAGAUGGCGAUGAGUCUUUCCUCGCUUUACCUAUCCUUCUUCGCUGCUUUCGACAUAGUGCUAGCAACUAGCCUCAACGUAACGGCUAUCGGCGCUAAGGAUGGCAAUUCCCGGUUUGAAUGCUGGGAGCUUGCCGCUCCAUUUGUCUCAUCCAGCCAAACGGGUAUCGCCGGAUCACAGACUACGUUUUUAGGGGAUGUUACUAACAUUACGUAUAACGUGAUCCCGGCGGGUUUUGACAGCGGAGUCCAUAAUACACCUAGGAACCAAUGGAUUGUUGUCCUCAAUGGACUAGCGGUUAUAACACUACCGGAUAAUAGUUCUGUCACCGUCACGACGACACCGGGAGAGAUGGGUCUGCUAUUUGCCACGGAUACUUCGGAGGUCAGCCGCGAGGGCCAUGGCAACUAUUUCCCGGGUGUCUCAGAAACCAUCUUUAUGCAGAUCCCAACGAAGGACGGCGCGAUUCCGGAGCAUAAGGUGUUGAAUGAUGAUCGCCCUUGUAGUCCGAACAAGUACACGGCGCUAAGGGGGUGGGCAACUGGUUAGCAUUUUGCUUGUGGAAGACUAUAGUGGGAUACGUUAGUUAUGAGGGAGGUUUUAGUAAUAACCAUCGGCAAGCGGGACACAUGUUGAUACCCAAGCUAUCUACCACAUUGACUGGAAAGAGAUCAGGUGGGAAGCUUAAAUAUACCAGCUACAGUUGGUCAGCGUGAAUGGUGGCUUUUUGAAUCACGUAUUAUAGAGCGUUGAGGCCUUCGUAUUGGUGGACUUUAGCUCAUACGGGCACGAUUUAUAUGAAUGUUAACUCGGGCAAAAAUUAU